AUGGACUCUGUAAGGGCAACUAUAACACAACUGGUACCCGAGAUACCCGAUGACCAACUUGACGCACUGGUGACCCACCUUGUGGAGGGGGGAUACAGUACAGCAAAAGACCUUCUAUACUUGGAAGAACAGGACUUAAAGCCUUUCCUCAAGACCUUGCAUAUCAGGAAGCUUUUACAUCUCAUAAAAUCUGGGUCCCAACUGCAAACUGAAAACUGUGCACUUCCCUCAACAUCAGCAGCUUCAACACCGACAAACCCAGCGGCAGCCACGGCUCACCGCGCAUCACAAGAGAGGGCUUCGAAGGACCGCUGGGCGAGUUCUUUUGAAGUGGAUUGGGGCGCAAUGCCUGCAGAUCUGGUACGAACCUGCCAAGAGGAGAAGGUGCCAGAGCCUUACCUAAGACGAAAGAUGGUCAAACUCCUGGGAGAAGCAAUCGCAGUGCAUGAUCCGAAACCCAAAAUCAAAGAAGUAAGCAAGAUUGCCUCCCUGGUUGUGGCAAGAUACCCACACUCCUUUGCUGACGUGAUGUCGACAGGAAAUAUUAUUGGUGACGGUACGUCAUCUUUAUCACGACAACUUGCUGUAUACAUGGAUAACAGGCGUCGGCCACACAAUGCUGCAAAACGAGGGCCGGGAAGAACUGAAGAUGACGAACCAGAAGCGACAUUAUCUAAGCAAGGCAGACAAACAGACUCCCACGGUUGCGUGGCAUGGGAGCCAGACUGUGCGCCAUACACGUGGGACGAUCUAGAGGUAAUGAGGCAGCAGCUGUGCAAAGCCACCAAUUUAGAGGAGAUCUCCUCUACUAUGAAGAAAACCUACGCACUGCAGAGGAGGCACAUCAACUCCAUGCAGCAAACACUCCUUGAAAUUGCGGAGUCUUGGCCUCACCUCUUCAAAGAGCCACACUUCUUCGUUCAUGUUGAUACACUCCUUGGGUUUUCCUACCACACUGCCUUCACCACUGAGCUGACGUCGAAAGGAAAUCAGCUCUUUGAUGUCAUGUGGAGAGCAUGGAAGCCUCAGUCAAGGUCCCUCCUCCAGACAAUCCAGAAAACUUUGGACUGCAAUGGACAAGCGCCACCACGCUACACCUUUGUUCUUCAGCUCCUGACUACCUACUUCGACGAGAAUCCAGAGGCUCUCAUCUCAUUUCACCCGCACUCAACAGCUGCCAGUGUUCUUGGCUCCUGCCCAGAUACACCUCACCUUGCGGUCCUUGGUUCUACGCUUCUAGAUGACCCUCUCCAGAUUGCGCUGGUUGUUGACAGGGUGCUUGUGUUUGAGGCAAGCAGUCUCGAGGUCGCUCUCUGCUCGCUCCUGGGAGCGUAUUUCGUCUUCAACAUCAAGUACCCAAAGGAGGCCUCGUACACGCUGGAGUUCCUUCAGAGGCAUUUUGGCCAGAUAAACCCAUCUAAAGGUAGCAAGUCCAGCUCCCGUGGUCACAACAAGGUCAAUGGAAUCCCAGCCAGAAUUCUAGGUCUGCUGAACAAGAUUCGUUCACUCUAAUGGCUUCCUCAGAUGAAAGCGUAGGCUGGGGUCCUGACAAGUCAUUCUUUUUUUAACUGGUCCGGGCACAUCGUUUUUAUUGAAGGUUUUCUGCACGUAAAGCGCAAGAUGGAGCGUGGACAAGUUUUUUGUUGUUUUAAUCGUCCAAGGCAUGGAGUUUUACUGAAGGUUUCCUCAGACGAGAGCGUAAGCUGGGGUCCGGACAAGCUGUUAUUUUUUUUUUUUUAAACGGCCCGGGCACGUUGUUUUAUUGAAGGUUUUCUGCACGUAAAGCGCAAGAUGGAGCGUGGACAAGUUUUUUUGUUUUUUUAAUCGUCCAAGGCAUGGAGUUUUAUUGAAGGUG